AUACAAACUACAAAUAGUUUACUGUCAAAAUUAAAUGUACCCUCCCAUUUUUCGAUAUUUAGAUGACAAAUUGAAGAGCAAAGCAUUGAGGAAAGUCCAGGGAACUAGUCGAAUCUGCGCUAAUACUACCAUUAUCGCCAGAUGCCUUCCAAGAAAACGCCCAAGGUCGGAAAGCACCAGCUUAAUCCGUACACGCGCUUCUUUGAAGCUCAAAAAUCUCUGCCGCAAGAUAAGGGCGACAACAAUGUCCAAAAACCGGCGGUCUAUAAACGCGAAAGCGUCUACGUCCUUUCGAAUAAGCCGCGUAACAAACGAAGACAGGCUCGCGAAAGUAAUCAGCCCACCUGGCGACGUCGUGGUGGCUGUGCUAACGAGGACCACAUCAUGGUCGUCACGCAGGAUUACACGCAGCAGACGAAGGUUAAGCCUGUGCUGACCGCCUCCCAACUAGAUGCCAUUUGCUAUGACGUCAUAAAGGAGCCACCGAUGCAAUUCCAUGUGGAUGGCACUGACAUAGUGCCUAGUAUCCGCGGCUUGAGGCUGAGCGUCUGUGUCGAGCACACUCGGUUUCAACUGGUGGCGAAGGUUACCCGAAAUAUGGGCUUUCAGCAUGUGCCCGAGCAUAGGCUGUGGAAUAUCCAGUGGUCGGAUUCCACGCCCCAUCACGAUCUGCUGCGAAACAUGAAGCGCUUUCAGCAGAUCAACCAUUUUCCGGGCAUGGUCGAAAUAUGUCGAAAAGAUCUGCUUUCGAGGAACCUGAAUCGCAUGCUCAAGCUCUUUCCCGGCGACUAUCGCAUAUUUCCCAAGACCUGGCUUAUGCCAACAGAUGCCUACGAUGUGGCCAUCUAUGCGGGCAAACACAAGCGCACCUUCAUCCUCAAACCAUAUUCUGCGGGUCAGGGGCGUGGCAUCUGGAUAACGACAGAUCUUCGCACGGUGGCAAAACGGGAUAAGCUCAUCUGCCAGACCUAUAUCGAGCGGCCCCUGCUCAUUGACGGCUACAAGUUCGACCUGCGAGUGUAUACUCUAGUCACCUCGGUGGAUCCCUUGCGCAUUUUCGUGUACAACGAGGGCCUCGCCCGCUUCGCCACCCAAAAGUACGUGCCACCGACAACGGGCAACAGCCACAAUGUGUUCAUGCAUCUGACCAACUACUGCCUGAAUCGCCGGAACUCUCAGUACAUGGUGGGAAAUGGACCGGAAGCGGGUUCCAAACGGAAGCUUAGUGCCUUUAACAAGUGGCUGGUGGAUCACAACUACGAUGUGGCCGAGUUCUGGGCAAGUGUGGACGAUGCGAUCAUCAAGACGCUGAUCAGUGCUUGGCCCACUCUAAAACACAACUAUAAUGUGUGUUUUCCAAAACACGACAAGAUACAGGCGAGCUUUCAGCUACUGGGCUUCGACAUCCUUGUGGACUGGAAGCUGAAACCCUACAUCCUGGAGGUCAAUCACACGCCUAGUUUAAGUGCAGAUGAGUCGGUAGAUAUGGAAGUGAAACGUCCUCUUAUUAGGGACACUUUUAACCUGCUCAGCACGGCUUUGGUGGAUAAAGAACAGAUCAUACGCGACGAUCGAACGGAGCACAGGGCCAGACUGUUAAGAAAUAUCUACAACAAGAAGGCCUCUGCUCAGAUGCCCGGCUAUUCGUCGCCAGUCCGUGAAGUUGGUGGCCACGACGUGCGGCAGGCCUGCUCCAUUGGUGCACUCACCCAGCAAAUUGCCUGGGAGGAAAGUCACCUGGGAAACUAUCGACGCAUCAUGCCGCCGCGAGAUUGCGAAAAAGUCAACUACUACUGCAAGUUCUACGAACAAAACAAGCAGCCCAUGUUCGCUGAUACACGUUCCAGCCGGCGACGUGAGGAGCUAAACCACCAGGCGAUGCAGAGACACAAACGCGAUCGCCAGCAGGAUCAGUAUCAGCAGCAACAGCUGCUGUCGCCUCAAAGGAUGGGAAAUCAUGUCCGUUGGCCAGGUGAUCAGUCGGAUGCAGCCCAGUUGAACCCAGUGAUCGUGCAGUCGAGGCGACGUCGUGAGGAGGCGGAGGCCCAAGCAAAGAAGCAUCGAGCAUUGAUCGCUCGCGAAAUUCAACGCCAGAAGGAGCAAUUAUUGGCACCCACCUGCGCCAAGGAGCGUUUGGGCAUUUGGCAAAGUGUGCGCCGGGAGAAGGGUCGCAAAUUCACGCCCAAGCGCAGCAGCAGCAUAACCAAAGCCCAUCGCCGGAAGCAGCAGCGGAAUCUUAGCCAGCGGGUGCGUCAUCAGCGCAUGCUCGAACUGGAGGCACAACGAGAUGCCCAGUUCCUGGAGCAGCACGCCAAAAAGCAACGACUUCAAGGCGGCAAGAUUGUAGAUCCAAGUGAAUCCGCGGACACGAGAAGUAGGGUCAGCGUGAAAAGCAAGGCCAGUGCGAAAAACAAACUCAAGUACAAGGAUAACGUCGUUCUCAGAAAACAAAUAGUUCGGGAAAGCAGCCACAGACUGAAGACCAAGUCCAAAGAACGGCUGGGAUCCAGCUCAAAAACCCAGCAAUCCAUCCACUGGACAGCAGGAAACAUCAGCCAAGUUGAAAGGGAUCAGCAUCUUAGCUGGCGAAAAGAGAGGACCAAUCAACUGAAUGCCACACGACUCAGGGAAUUGAUCUUCUCCGAAAUGUACGAAAACGGCCACCUGACCAAGAACGAUAUCAAGUGCUUUCCAGAUCUACUUUACCAAAUACUCAACAAAGACUUACACGAAACGAAUAGUCAGUAGUGGAAUCUUUUUCUCUGGUUUUCUGGCCGAUCUGUAUGUGUUUUAGCUCAGUGAAUUGUCUUUGCAACCAUUGAUUUACAUGCCCUACUUGGUGUCGUUGAAACUAAAAAUAAA